UUUUUAAACGUUUGACCGCCGUCGGUCUGAGAACACGACCGUCAACGCGUCGCUCGUCCUCGCGUUAUAUAUACAUAAAUACGAUUUUUUUCCGCCGAAUUUCACCGCCGAUUAUACGCGCAGUAAGCUACUAUUUAUUAUUGUUACUAUUAUUACGACGAUAAAAUAUGUUCUGUAAGCGCGAGCAACGGCAAUAAUCGUUUCGAUCACGUGUUUUUUUUUCGCACGAGUUUACGAUUGGUUUUUUCCAUAGCUCAAAGCCGACGCAUAACAUAAUAUUAGCACGCCGAAUUGUUGCAUAGAUACCUAUAAUAUUAGUAUAUAAAUUACGCGCGCGUAUAUGUGCGUUGCAUAGCGCAAGAGAAAAUUCGUGUGUCGAUCAACCUAUCUUGCAGUUGAAGAACGAACCGCGACCUGCACGGUGCGCUUCAUAUUUCUAUUUUAAAAAUAUACGGGGAUGUUUUUCAUAAGAAUCAACUAGAUUCAACUUGCUUAAUACCAAUUUGCUACCAGAAAUUGAAGUUGAAGAUCGAAGAAUUUUUCCUACAUGCGUACACAUCAGAUACAAAAAAAUACACAUCAUUGCGCUGCGCUCAGAAUCUAUAAAAUGGGAAUGAUUGAAAGAACACGCGAUGACGUUACGACGAUGACCUUGUGCGAGUCUUCCGAGGAGAAGGCGUCUCCAACAAAGUUAACAGCUUACCGAAAGGCGAUCGACAAUUUGGACAACGACCGGAAAUGGCAAACCGAUACGGCUGUUGGAAAAAGAAUCGGUCUAUACAAGCUGAGCGGGGAGCUGGGCAAAGGCAAUUUUUCGCAAGUGAAAACUGGAUACCACGAGUUGACCAAAGAACGAGUGGCAAUCAAAAUAUUAGACAAGACAAAAUUGACGGCGAAAGCGAAGAAAAUGCUGUCCCGGGAGAUCUCCGUCAUGGAAUCGAUACAUCAUCAAAACGUUAUUCGACUGUUCGAAGUAAUCGAGACGUACACGAAAUAUUAUUUGAUAAUGGAGCAUGCGGCAGCCGGGGAAUUGUUCAAAAGGUUGAUAUCCGAGGGCAGAAUGCACGAGUCGGAAGCGAAAAACAUUUUCUCUCAAAUCGUGUUGGCCGUCAAACACUUGCACGACCGCAACAUCGUUCACAGAGACAUCAAAGCGGAGAACGUGUUCUUGAGCUCCAGAGGCGUCGCCAAAUUAGGAGACUUUGGCUUUAGCAUCACAGUCUCAAAUGACGAAAAAUUGGAGACGUUCUGCGGGUCCCCGCCGUACGCCGCUCCCGAACUGUUCCUGGACGAGCGUUACGUCGGCCGUCCCGUCGACGUGUGGUCGCUGGGCGUGCUGUUGUUCUUCAUGACCACCGCCACGAUGCCAUUCCUGGGCGACAAUAUGGCCGGGCUGAGGCGGUCAAUACUGGCGGGGCACGUGAACUCGCCCGCGUGUAUGUCCCAGCUGUUAAAGUCACUCAUAGAAUCCAUGCUCAACACGUCGCCCGAACACCGGUUCGACAUAGAUCAGGUGCUAAAGUCCGACUGGCUGCGGGAGGCAUCUGCGUAUCAGAUACGGUUCAACAAUAACUCGGUAUACGGUCAGUGGUGCGCUUACCCGACGGCGGCUGGAACUGAGAUCACCGACACUGAGUCGAACGCCAGACGGGCGCUAGAAGUACUUGGCAUAUCCGAAGCCAUGCUCGACGAACACAGUUCCCGAGGAUCUAGGAGUAACGUGGUGGCAACGUACCGGAUAGUGGUCAACAGGUUAUUGCAGCAGCGCAGGCUCAUGGGUCAGCAGCAUCACAUGCAACAUCAGAACUCGACCAUGCAGCACCCACAGACGGCUUCCGGCCGGAAACCCACUAAGACCAAGUCCCGGUUGUGUGCCAUAACGUGAACACCGGAACAGCGACCACUGCCGCUAUUAGCCCAACAAGCACACACACACACACACGAGACGCCCACAAUAACACUCCUAUAACUCAAUCGCCACCCCCCGGCCGAAAUAGAAUGCGGCCAUACGUUUAUAUAUACAUAUAUACUCGUACAUAAUAUCAAUUGAUUAUUAUAUAAUUAUGCCACGUAUUGUUGUACGAUAACUUUUUACUAUGUAGAACGCUGCAGAGUUUAAGACAUGCCUAACUAUAGGUAAACUAUCGAAUAGUCUAGUGUGCGGUUACUAAGUAUAUUUUAUAAUAUUUGUAAUAUUGUACCACCUAUUAACUAUACAUAACUAUAGUGUACGCCUGCGUUCGUUCGUUAUAUAAAUUUAUAAUAUUUUAUUAAUGUAUAAUAUAUUAUGUACACAAGUACACAAGUGCCAUCGAUACACUAUAAACGAUUGCCUAUGUAUAACAUUAGAUUGAUACGAAUACGUAUAAAUAAUAUUAUAUUAUUAUGUAAUAUGGCCAUGUCAGUGUUGCAUUUUACUGUUUUAGAUGUACGACAAAUGACGUGUUAUUAUAGACUAAUAUAAGUGUAUGCAACUAUACGAGAUCAUACACAUAGUUUUUUAAGCAAAUAUUAUGUUAUAAUAUUAUAGUACCUAUACAUAUAAUUUAUUUAAUAUAUAUUAUACAGACUGUUUUCGAUGCAUAUAUAUAUAUAUAUAUAUAGAUAUUAUACUUGUUAUUAAUCGACGGUGAAAUAAUAUAUUACCAAUGGGUUUUUUUUUUAUUAUUAUUGAAUUUGAAUCUAUAUAUAUAUAUAUAUAUAUAUAUAUUAUGUUAUUAAGCUUAAGCAUUGAUAUAUAUGUCUGGACAUUUCGUGUUAUUAUAUUAUAGUUUUAAGGUCUUGUACGGUGUACCUAUUAUAUUAUUAUAGUUCUUCAAAAAACUUACAUUUUGUCUACAACAUCAUGAUAUUAUCAUUGUAUUACGAAUUUACUCGAGACCAUUUUACUAUGUCUAUACUCAACCGAUAAAAGUUGAACAAUACUAUAUACCUCGAUUGAAAAAAUAUAUUGACCUGACAAAACA